UGCUUGCCCCGGAGACUUCAAAAGUGGUCGUCCCCGAACUUCCAGCCUCGGAGAUCACGGCCUCCACGCCUGGCGGUGCUCCUGUCCUCGAGGGCCAUGGGCCGGAUCUCCGGCCUCGUGCCUUCUCGCUUCCUGACGCUCCUGGCGCAUCUAGUGAUCGUCAUCACCUUAUUCUGGUCUCGCGACAGCAACAUCCUGGCCUGCCUGCCACUCAGGUUCACCCCCGAGGAGUAUGAGAAGCAGGACACUCAGCUGGUGGUAGCGCUCUCUGUCACCCUGAGCCUCUUUGCAGUGGAGCUGGCCGGUUUCCUCUCAGGAGUCUCCAUGUUUAACAGCACCCAGAGCCUCAUCUCCAUUGGGGCUCACUGUAGUGCGUCUGUGGCCCUUUCUUUCUUCAUAUUCGAGCGUUGGGAGUGCACGACAUACUGGUACAUUUUUGCCUUCUGCAGCGCCCUCCCAGCUGUUACUGAAAUGGCAUUAUUCGUCGCCGUAUUUGGGCUGAAAAAGAAACCUUUCUGAUCACCGUAAUGACGGGAACUUAAGGAUGAAAUCCAGAGGAGC